GUCACUCGGUCUGUCUGUUGUGUAGUUAAUAGUGAUCGGGCCGCGGACAGUGUUCGUGUUGUGCGCUGUCGUGUUCGUUCCAAACUAUUUCACUCAUUUACCUCUUAAUUACAAUCAGCAUUAUUUAAUUUUGUAUAACAAAUAAUGUUAUAAUCAUUACUUUUACAAAAUUUGUUAUUUUUUCAAUUAUUCAUACUAACGAUAUUAAAUAUUUCCCACUUUCGAGUAGAGUGAUAUGAGGAUACUUAUCUAUCAAGCGUAUACAUAGUGUUAUUCGUUCAGUAUUAUUUUCUUAAGGGUUCCAUAAUUUAUUUCUAAAAUACCAAAUCGACAUUUUGUUUUUACUGUAUUUAAUUUUUACGUAUGUCAAAUACUUGAUAAUUGUUGUGGAUCAGAGCUCGAUGAGCUUGAGUUGAAAACACAAUUUUUAACUGACAGUUGUAUAAGUGAACCUCUUGGAUUACAAUGGUGCGGCAGCGAUACCUUGAAAAAAACGGACUGCUGAGCUACGAGAACCCCAAUUAUCACCUGGAUCCAUCCAGGUUGGAUGACGCCCUCAACUCCAACACGGAGGAGGAUCCGCUGUACAGUGAGCUGCUGCUGCGAGAGCUGGGAAGUGUGGUAGGUCUGCGUGAACACUCUCACACCGGUCGCCGCCAGUACGCUAGCCUCGACAUCGGCAGCAUGGGUGUGGAUGUCACCACUGGCCCUGUCACUGCUCUCGACACAGACAACAGACACCUCAGGGGCAGUUCUGCAGUGUUGGACAACUCUGUGAAUGUGAACUUGAACCGCAGCGGUAGACCACUGGACCUUACAGCCACUCUACACCUCUCCAAGCCUGACCUCAUAGAAACUACAGAGCAUAACAAUGUUUUUGAAAAGACAAGUGCCAUCCCUCAUGUGCCCGGGCAGCUGAACAAUGACCUGUACGCUGUACCGGUGAAGCGACGGUCACCUCCGUCUAGCCCUGCCAAGGCUGCACCUGCUCCUCCAUCCCCCUGUGACCAGGAUUUGCCUGCAGGCUGGGAGAGACAUGAAGAUAAUGAUGGGCCCUACUACUGGCAUAUCAAGAGUGGAACUAUACAACGAGAUCCGCCGGAGUGUGAUGGAAGCGGCAAGCAUGAGCCUCGCACUCCCCUCGUCAAGGAGGCUGAGACGGUGUUAAAUUCAUACCAGCAAAGUGGAGUUGUGAGCCUGGUGACACGGAGCAACACCAGCUCAGCUCUCGAGGAUCUCGAUACUCGCAAGAAGGAGGAACUGGCCUUCAAGAGGAGGAGCUACCCUGCUAGAGCAGAACCUGAGUGCAAGGAACGCCCAAUACGGUUUGCUGUGCGUUCACUGGGUUGGGUGGAGAUAGCAGAAGAGGAUCUGACUCCUGAGCGCAGCAGUAAAGCUGUCAACAAGUGCAUCGUAGAUCUGUCCCUUGGCCGCAACGAUCUCAUAGACAAUGUUGGCCGUUGGGGAGACGGCAAGGAUCUAUUCAUGGACUUGGACGAGGGAGCCCUGAAGCUGAUAGAUCCAGAGAAUCUGACUACUCUCAACACUCAGCCCAUCCACACGAUACGAGUGUGGGGCGUGGGCCGAGACAACGGCAGGGAGAGAGAUUUUGCAUACGUGGCACGUGACCGAACGACACGCAAACACAUGUGCCACGUGUUCCGAUGUGACAUACCGGCACGCACAAUCGCCAACACACUACGAGACAUCUGCAAGAAGAUUAUGAUUGAACGCAGUCUCCAACAAAACCUAGCAAAACCCAUUGAUAUUAAUGGCAGUGGUAUUAGUAGUCGAGCUGGACUUGCUACUAGACCCACCAAUCUACCCAUGGAACACAGACGUUUCCAUCGUAAUGGACAGACUCUAGUCACCCAGUCGUUUCCGACACCAAUGGAGGAGCCCAAGAAGGUGUUGCGGGCUGACUACCUGGGUUCUCUACAAGUGUCCAGAGCUGCUGGCAUGGAUGUGCUCAAUGAUGCCAUAGACCAGAUAGUCAACACAGUCCCCGUGGAACAGUGGAGACCUGUCAACGUAGCAGUUGCCCCCUCCAUGAUCACCAUUGUACAAGCAGAUGACGAAAGUAAACCAGUGACAGAGUGCAGAGUUCGGUACCUGUCAUUCCUUGGCAUUGGCCACAAUGUGAAACACUGUGCAUUCAUCAUGCACACAGCACAGGACUUGUUCAUAGCACAUGUUUUCCACUGUGAACCGAGCUCCGGGGCUCUCUGCAAGACUAUUGAGGCAGCCUGCAAGUUGAGGUACCAGAAGUGCCUGGAUGCACAUCCAGGUCGUACUGCUGCCACUGCUGCUGGCCAAGGCAAGGGGCUGGGAGCCACCAUCAAGUCACUGGUAUCAGGGCUCACCGGCCGCCGGCCACGCACCGCAGACUCCUGAGAAGAAGCACUCUCUCUGCAGGAACUGUGGUCUGGAGCAGAGUCUGCAGAGCGAGAGGUGAUCCCCCAUCGUCACCUGCAGUCACCGCUGACUUCGCGCUACUUUAGUCCCAGCAGUGGCACCAGUCCGUCGGCUAGCCUGCAGUCUCUCCUGUCCCCCUCAUUGGAUACUCGUAGACUACACCAGCUCGCGGCUGCUGCUGCUCCCUGGGAGUACUAAUCUCACUACUCCAGCUUUAUAUUCAUUGUAGGAAUGAUUUUCCUAACAAUCGGUUUUUAAACAAGUAUUGACUGUCUGUCUGAACUGUUCUUUUCACCAAAAGUUAAAAGUUAAUUUUAACUCUAAAAAUUGUAAUGUGUUGUAAAAUUUUUUGUUGCUUUAUAUAACUCAUACAUGUUUAUUUAUUUUGUAAGAAUCCAUUAUAUUUAUAUUGCAUUAAUUAUUCUUUACAAAUUAAAUAAUCGUUUUGUCUACUGUAAAACAUUUUGUAUUGAGGAAAAUCAACAUUCCAAACUGUGAUUGAAUAUGCAAAUUUGAUUCUUACAAUUUACUAUUGAUUUCUUUCUUAAUAAAACAUUUAAAGAAUGAAUACAUUUUGAUGGUAAAUAUGAUCGUUUUUAGGGAUGUAAAUAAAAGAGAACCAUAUUUACAGAGAGCUUCACCAUUUAUUGCUAUUUGUAAUUUGUAAAUUUAAAUUGACUCAUUAUUAUUGUAGUAGGGUAUAAUUUAGCUAUGUUAGGUAUGAUGGAAUGUGCAAUGUAAGUAGAAUUAAUGCACAGCUUAUGAUCAAACUUAUAACAAUAUUCUACUUGAACCAGAUAUGUGUAAUGUUUUGAUAUGAAUGCUUAUGGGUGUAUUUGUAAACUUCAAGGUGUUUCUCAAAAUCACAGAUUUUGUAAACAUGUAUGAGAAAGAUGGGCUUGCAAGCUUGUAUAUGUAUGUUUAUACAUUCCUUCGUAAAAUGGGGAUAUAUGGUUCAAUCUCCUCUUUUGAUUCCCUGGUACACACUGACUAUUUACUUUAAAACUAAGAUUAGAAGAAUGUUAAGUAUUUAUUAGAAAUUAUAGGUUUUUAAUGAUUUUAAUAACCUAAUUAUAAUUCAAUAUGUCUUUUGUUAGUACAGUGUAAAAAUAAUUCAAUAUUGCAUUUUAAUGACAUUGUAUAUUUGUUCAGUUUUUGAAAGCUUUAUUCCAUGUGCAUGCAUUUUAGGUUUUCUACAGUCAUUACAGUAAAAUAUUGCUAAUCCAGGAUUGCUGGUUAUCCAUGACAAAAUACUAAUCAGUCAAUGUUCAAGAUUUCGUAGUCUAGCUUUGAACGUAUGCUAUGAAUAAAUGAAGGUCAUAAUCACAUUACCCAACCUGCGCCUCAGAUAAUCUAGGCUACCCACCUCAACACAUGAUGGUUAAUAUUAUCUACUUCUAUAGUCGAUGAUAAAGCUGGAACACCACAAAUAUGUAAUAAAAUUUAUAUAUUUUUAUUUUAAUUUUAUUUGUAUUCAAAGCUUAAACUUUUUACAUCAAAUUUGUAAAUAUAAUACCAAGGCAAAUCAUUGUACGCCUGUUAUUAAAAUGUUUAACAUUCGUUAACAUAUUUUGGUAAUGCCAUGCAUAUUUUCAAAAUAACAAGUAUAUGAUCUGUAAAAAGAAUCAUUAAUGAAUUAGUUUGGGAAUCCAACGCAAUGUUUAUUUACAAUUAUUGAUACAAGCAUCAUAUAUUCAUUCAUUGAUAAUGCUGAUUGCAUAGUGUAUGAGUAGAUAUGCUGAAAACAACAAGAAGGAAGCUAAACAAUUUUAACAGUUAAAAACAAAUUUUAGUACUAAAAUAUCAUGAACAUUAUUAUUACUAAAUAAUAAUUCUAUAAAGUUAUUCUAAAGAUCUAAUUAAAAGGUAGAGAUAUAUCACAAUAACCUUUGUUUUGUUUACACUGGCUUGCAAAUAUUUUAUGUGUAUUAGACACCUUUUUUAAACACAGUUAAAGUAUUGUCUAUAAUAAUUAGUACUUGUUGUAUAGUGACAAUUAUUAUGGCACUAAAUUAUUUACUAUAGCACCAAAACAACCUCAGUGUUAAUUCACCACAUGGGAAUACUAAAGCAAACAAGCCAGAUAGCAAAAUGUUUGAUUUGACAUAACAAUGUUCAAUUAUUAUGAUUCUCAGCAGCAAGUCGAUGGUAACCUAUACUGGGUGACCGUGCACCGACACUGGGGUUUACUGGCAUGUCAGAGUCGGUGUACUUCACCUGCAGUGUGUGAGUGAGGCAUCGUGAAAAUCAGGCAAUUCCACUAUACGUUGUGAACAAUAUACAGUAAGUUUUUCAGUUAUUUUUCACAGUUAGAUGUGUGUGUGGUCUAUAUUUUUUAAAGUAGGCGAGUGGGUAAAUGAUAACGUCUGACUGUGACAGUGGCAGUAGGGAGCAGAUGGUAUAACCUCAGCUGGCAGUAGAUGAACUUGAAAAAAACCCAACAUUAAUCUUUCAGUUGCAUUGGCAUAAUAACUCACCAACCAACAACGCAUGGUUUGAGAGAUUAGUUCUGUUAUUUACUGUUUUGUACUUAAAGUUGUCUAAGUAUUUAUUUAGUACUUAACCUUUUUCUCAUUCACUGCAGUAUCUCUUAAUAAAAGUUAAAGUGUGUCUACAGAUUUUUCCACUCAACUAGCUUACCCUGGAUUACCAAAAGUUGACUGUAGUUAUCAUCUAAUAUUUAUAAAUACUAAGAUAUACAUCAGGAAGUAAGUCAGGAGGAAUCAUAAGUAAGUAAUUGAUAAUCAUAAAUCUCUAAUGUAAAUACGCCUGUGUACAGCGACCAUACCUUGACCUAGCACAAACACUCGUAGGUUUGUUGUUAUAGUGUAGGCUAUUCACAAUUAAAAUUCUAUGCAGCCAAUUUUCUUUAUCAAAGCUAAGUAUGUGGUGAAUAUAAUGUAGGAGUACAGUAGUUAGAUAAAGCUGUUGUGUAAAUAAUUCAGUUUCAUAAUACACUAGUUUUUAUUUUUCUAAUUUUACACCAAAGACAUGUUAAGUAUAAUCUGGUCAAUGUUUCAAGCAUAGUUUCAGUUACGUGUAAGAAUACAAUCAUGAGCUGGUAAUGUUUAUAAUGAUUUCCUGAUACUUUUUAAUGUUAAAUAUUAUUAUUUAAAAUGUGUGUAGUUUAUAAGUUGUGACUGUUCUAAUCGUUAAAUCUUUAACCAGAGAUCAUUUACUGUUAUAAAUGUAAAAUGUUCUGAAUUUCAUAUUUCAAUCAUGCUGUUUCACAUGGUUUUAUUUGUACCUAGUUAAGUUUUUAUUACAUCUUUAUGUAAACCACUUUCUUCAGUUAUAAUUGCUAUGUAAGUUCAAAUGUAAGGUACUAUAUUCACAUUUUUAGUUCUUCCUCAUAUUAAUAUGUUAACAUACCUUAAUCAGAUUAAAUAUAGUGAUUUCAUCAAAUUGUCAAAUUUAUAAACUGAGGAAGUGGAAUAUUUCUUUAAAAGAUUAUCACAUACUAAAGGUUACAAACACUCAUGGAGCUAAAAAUGCAUUUAAUUAAGGAAGAGCAAAGCACUUAAUCCAUUCCUACUUAUUAAUAUUAUCAAUUAGUUGUUUAAAAUUGACAGUAAAAUUAGUUUUAGUGAUUCAUGAUUUUUAACCUUAAAUGUUGUUGAGCAUGUGUACUACGCAUAUUUUUACAAUCAUGUCUUAUUUACCUCCAACCAGUUUUUUAUACAAAAGAAUUUUAUUUUCAGAAAAUAUAUUAUAUUAUCAUUUCUUAUCAGAUUAAUAGAUGUUUUCUUAAAUAAUAUAAAGGUUAUUAAAAAUAUGUAGCUUAAUAAAUUAAGCAUAAUAUUUGGAAGUAGAAAAAAAUAAAAUAUCAUUAUUAAUUACAACCAGGACUUUGUAAUUAUGUAUUCAUUUUAAGUUUAUUCAUUGUUGAUUAAAUUGUGUUUAGUUUUACAAUGUACAUUAAGCUUUUUGUGGUUGUUAUGUGAUUGUAUGAGCUCAGAUAUUUGGCUGAUAAAUCAGAGUUAAAGCAUUUCAUUGAUUCUCUUAUAUAAUGCUGAUUGUAGCAUUUGCUUUUGGACAGUGGUACCAGCUAAUCUACCAUAUGUUUGAUCACGUAUUUCACCAUCCGUACUGUUUCAGUUCAGAAUAGAUUUCAUCAUUUACUACUUAUGAAAAUCAUAACCUAGUUAAUAAUUUAUAUUUAAAGUGGAAUAUAUUAAAAAUUAACUGAAUUUAUUUUAUCUAGUAAAUCUAGUCUUUAAAUUUGUACAAACUGUUAUAUAUUUGUAUGAUCUAUGUUGUUCCCAUAUACUAAUGUUUAUGAAUAUUUAAAAUGGGGGUUUCUUGUAGAAUCAACUAAAAAAUUAACCCUAACGUACAAAAUAUUUGAAAUUUUAAAAGUGGGUUGAAAGCCAAGACUUGUUUUAUGUUUUAGCCACCUAAAAUAAGAAGUUGUAACAAGAGAAGUGUUUAUUCUUCUAAUGCAACUUGGCUAUAUUGCAGUCUUAGUGCAGUUGUAAUGAUUGUUCUUAUUCCUACAGGGGAUUUUAGUGUUUUAUGUACUUUUUUAUUACAAAUUAAAGACAUAUGAAUAAAAUAUUGUGACUUUUCAAAUUUAUACUAAACAUGUCUGUUGAGUUUAUUUGUCAUUUUGUAAUAAAAUACGUUGAAAGUAUUGCUACCAGAUUCGAGUAAAAAGAGACGUAGUAUCAAGUAUCGGAAUAGACCCAUCAACAAUAUAUAUUAACGGACUGUACAUUUUUACCAGUCUAAUAGUGAAACAACCAUUGUAACAAUCUGCUCAAGUUUGUAUGAAUAAAUGAUCACAUAAUCUCUCAACUGCCCUCCAUAUGAAAACAAAACAUAAUCAGUUUCUGCAGUGAAGGCUUUUAAAGGUGUUGUGGCUUGAAAUAAACAAAAUAAUUUGGUAGAAUGAGUUUACAAGAAAACUGUACAGUAAUAAAAUACUGUAAUGGUUGUCUAAGUUCAUACUGUCUUUCAUGAACAAGCACAAAGAGUUAAUGUAUUACUUUAUACUACAUUAGUUAUGUGAAGUUUAUUUAAUUAUUGUACUUUGUGAUGUACUACAUAUAGUUUUAUGGUGCCAUUUUUUAUCAAAUUACAAUGUAAUAAUUAGAUUUGCUGUUAAUGUUUAUAAGCAAACAUAUCCGUUGCAAUAAUUCAGUUUUUGUGCCAAUUAAAUAUUAAUUUUUGUAUUUAGUAUACUAUUCUUUAUUUUAUUCUAUCAGUAUUAUAAGUAGUAUUAUUUUCCGUCAGAGUUCUUCGACAUUACUCUUACGUUAAAUAUUUUAAAAUAUACAUAUUUAUAUAACAUUUAAUAAGACUGUUUGAUUUUUUCAUAUAUAACUUUCUCAGAGUGUUUUGUUAGAUGUAUUAUACACUUGCUGUUACUUGUCAAAACUGCUGUUUACAUUAUGUUACAAGUGUAAAAAAUCUUCUGUAAUAUAAAUUUUGCAAUGUUACUAUUUUUCUAAUCAGGCUUGCACAGAGCUUGGCUUGUCCAGUACGAUAUGUCGUACUGCAUAGAUCACUGUCACUGCUGAAUAAAUAGGAAAAUGUUGGCAGA